CUAUUUCUACCAAUUUAAACCUAACCAUAUUACUAACCUUAUGCCUAACCCGAACAUUAAAUUAAGACCAAAAAAUCGUAUUUAUGUUUUUAGACAUUUUUACGAUAUAGACCAUUUUGACGUUGACGCUGUGGUAACCCACUCGCCGUGUCAUCAUCAUUUCAUUUCACUAGGAGAUCUUAGCGCUGCUACAUCAUCUUGAGACAACUGCGAAACGAAGGAAAUCCAUCUCAGUCAAGAACCGAGUAAAGGAGGCGCCGAAAGCUAGAUUCCUGAACCUGUAUUUCUCUAUUGCUGGGGCAAAUAAACGGUUCAGAAAUGGUCUUGUGGUGAGGUGUUGCUGGCAUAAGGCUGUGAGGAGGAGCAACUGACAACAGAGCCAAACUUACUGACACGCACUCACCAGCCUCCCAUGGACGGCACACUCUGAGACAACACUUGAGAGGAGAGAAACAACAGGAGUGGGAGCAGAGGGAGAAGAAGGAGCUGAGGAGAGCAGGAGGGACGUGACGAUGUCGUCCAACAGGGGCCAGAACCCACAUGGGUUGAAGCAGAUCGGGCUGGACCAGAUCUGGGACGACCUGAGGGCUGGCAUCCACCAGGUGUACACACGGCAGAGCAUGGCAAAGUCACGCUACAUGGAGCUCUACACCCAUGUGUAUAACUACUGUACCAGCGUGCACCAGUCCAGUCAAGGCCGGGGAUCUGCCGUCCCCAACAAGCCCUCCAAGAAGAGCAGUACUCCUGGGGGGGCCCAAUUCGUAGGCCUGGAACUCUACAAGAGACUCAAGGAGUUCCUCAAAAACUACCUGACCAGUCUGCUCAUGGAUGGUGAGGACCUGAUGGAUGAGUGUGUGUUGAAGUUCUACACACAGCAGUGGGAGGACUACCGGUUCUCCAGUAAGGUGCUGAAUGGGAUCUGUGCUUACCUCAACAGGCACUGGGUCAGACGUGAAUGUGACGAGGGGCGCAAGGGCAUCUACGAGAUCUACUCGUUGGCGUUGGUAACGUGGAGGGAGUGUCUAUUCAGACCCCUAAAUAAACAGGUAACGAAUGCGGUCCUGAAGCUGAUCGAGAAGGAGAGAAAUGGAGAGACCAUCAACACCAGACUCAUCAGUGGUGUGGUGCAGUCCUACGUGGAGCUGGGGCUGAAUGAGGAGGAUGCGUUUGCUAAGGGUCCUACGCUGUCGGUGUAUAAAGAAUACUUUGAGUGCCAGUUCCUCACGGACACCGAACGCUUCUACACACGAGAGAGCACAGAGUUCCUCCAACAGAACCCUGUUACUGAGUACAUGAAGAAGGCUGAGGCCCGUCUGCUAGAGGAACAGAGGCGUGUGCAGGUGUACCUCCAUGAGUCCACUCAGGAUGAGCUGGCCAGGCGGUGUGAACAGGUGCUCAUAGAGAAACACCUGGAGAUCUUCCACACAGAGUUCCAGAAUCUACUGGAUGCUGACAAGAACCAAGAUCUAGGUCGGAUGUAUAACUUGGUGUCUCGUAUAACGGAUGGCCUAGGAGAGCUAAAGAAACUCCUAGAAACACACAUCCACAACCAGGGCCUGGCCGCUAUAGAGAAAUGUGGAGAGGCCGCUCUCAACGACCCUAAGGUGUAUGUCCAGACCACACUGAAUGUCCAUAAGAAGUACAACGCUCUGGUCAUGUCUGCCUUCAACAACGACGCUGGCUUCGUAGCUGCUCUAGACAAGGCGUGUGGUCGUUUCAUCAACAACAACACGGUCACUAAGAUGGCCCAGUCCUCCAGCAAAUCACCUGAACUACUGGCUAGAUACUGUGACUCUCUGCUCAAGAAGAGUUCUAAGAACCCAGAAGAGGCAGAGUUGGAGGACACACUCAACCAAGUGAUGGUGGUGUUUAAGUAUAUAGAGGACAAGGAUGUGUUCCAGAAGUUCUAUGCUAAGAUGCUGGCUAAACGCCUCGUCCACCAGAACAGUGCUAGCGACGAUGCAGAGGCUAGCAUGAUCUCCAAACUCAAGCAAGCGUGUGGCUUUGAGUACACAUCUAAACUACAGAGGAUGUUCCAGGACAUCGGAGUCAGCAAAGACCUCAACGAACAGUUCAAGAAACACCUGACCAACUCUGAACCUCUCGACUUGGACUUCAGUAUCCAAGUGUUGAGUUCCGGGUCCUGGCCGUUCCAGCAAUCAUGCACCUUCGCUCUGCCCUCCGAGUUGGAGCGUAGCUACCAGCGGUUCACAGCAUUCUACGGCAGCAGACACAGCGGUCGGAAACUCACCUGGCUCUACCACCUGUCUAAAGGAGAGCUGGUCACAAACUGCUUUAAAAACAGGUACACUCUGCAGGCCUCUACCUUCCAGAUGGCUAUCCUGCUGCAGUACAACACAGAGGACCUGUACUCCGUACAACAACUCACUGACAGCACACAGAUCAAAACCGACAUUCUGGUUCAAGUGUUGCAGAUCUUGUUGAAAUCCAAAUUGCUGGUCCUGGAGGAUGAGAAUGCUAACAUAGACGAAGUGGAGUUCAAACCAGAAACCCUGAUCAAACUCUUCCUGGGAUACAAGAAUAAGAAGCUGCGUGUGAACAUUAACGUUCCUAUGAAGACUGAACAGAAACAGGAGCAGGAGACCACACACAAGAACAUAGAGGAGGACCGCAAGCUCCUCAUACAGGCUGCCAUAGUGAGGAUAAUGAAGAUGAGGAAGGUUCUGAAACACCAGCAGCUCCUGGCUGAAGUCCUAAACCAGCUCUCGUCCCGCUUCAAACCCAGAGUCCCAGUCAUUAAGAAGUGUAUAGACAUCCUGAUAGAGAAGGAGUAUCUGGAGAGAGUGGAUGGAGAGAAAGACACGUACAGCUACCUGGCUUAACCCGCUCCCUUCCCUCUUAUUUUUGUCUUUUUUUUUUAUGUCCGAGUAAUAAAGUGUGGUUCUUCUGACUGGCA